AUGGGACUGAGACUCAGAAAACUCACACAAACACUUGAAAGCAAGCAUCCAUAAUAAUACAAUUUCCCUAGAGGGGCUGAUCAAUUCGAAUAUUCUCCGGAUAGAUCGUAUAGUUCCUUAUUAGGAGAUGUUUACGACCUCAACAGUCAAUUAAAACGUGUUCAUCGUAGAGUUCUAUCUUAAGUUGCAUUUCAAAAAGGGAAAUCGAAAGAAAACAAGAUAAGCACUCUAUCUCCCAUCAAAGUAGAUUAGUUCGUAGCCACAAAAGCAAAACUUAAUUCAUAAAGAUUCUUUCUAAUGAAUUAGGUACGCAAUGUUAGACCCAAUGGUCGUCUAGAAGUCUUCUUAAAAGAGAGGUUUGCGAAUGCAUACUGA